GCGUGGCGGCGGUGGCGGUGGCGGUGAGCGCGGUUGGCGCGCGCGCUCGGGGCCUGCUGGCGUACACCUUUUGUCUUCCUGCUCCGACCCGGUCCCAGCCCGGGCUCCUGCUCCCGUCUCUGGAAAUAUGUCCGAGGGAGUGGAUCUGAUCGAUAUCUACGCCGACGAGGAGUUCAACCAGGACUCUGAGUUCAGUAAUGCUGAUCAGAUGGAUCUGUACGACGACGUGUUGGCAGCCAGCUCGCAGCCCCCCGAAAGCCGCACCAGCAGCUCAGAGGCACCCCCAGAAAUCCGCCAGGAACCGUCCCCCAAGCCAAACAGCAAAUCUCCCGCCAUCCUGUACACGUACAGCGGGCUGCGCAACAAGAGAGCCGCCGUCUACGUGGGCAGCUUCUCCUGGUGGACGACUGACCAGCAGCUGAUCCAGACCAUCCGCUCAGUUGGUGUCUACGACGUAGUGGAGCUGAAGUUUGCAGAGAACCGAGCCAAUGGCCAGUCGAAAGGGUACGCAGAGGUGGUGGUUGCCUCUGAGAACUCGGUCCACAAACUCCUGGAGCUCCUGCCCGGCAAAAUCCUCAACGGAGACAAGGUGGAGGUGAGGCUGGCAACCCGGCAGAACCUGUCCCAGUUCGAGGCGCAGGCUCGCAAACGUGUGCCGCCGAGGGCCCACUCCCGAGACUCCAUGGACUCGGUGGACGGCCGUGCCACGCCGACGGAGAACGCCUUGCCGCCUGCCCGCGUGGAGAAACCCCCCUCCGUCCUGCCUUUUUUCAACCGCCCCCCUGCUGCCCUUCCCCUCAUGGGGCUGCCCCCGCCACCGAUGCCGCCCCCACCGCCCCUCUCCUCCGGCUUCGGUGUCCCCCCGCCCCCGCCCGGCAUCCACUACCAGCAUCUCAUGCCCCCGCCGCCUCGACUGCCCCCCCACCUGGCCGUGCCGCCCCCGGGGGCUGUCCCCCCUGCCCUGCACCUCAACCCUGCCUUCUUCCCCCCACCCAACGCGGCCCUGGGUCCUCCACCAGACACCUACGGCAAGGCCAUGGCACCCUACAACCACAGCAGCCGGGAGCUCGGCCCGCCGCCUCCCGCUGUGAGCGAAGUGGAGUUUGAGGAGAUCAUGAACAGGAACCGGGCGAUCUCCAGCAGCGCCAUCUCCAAGGCGGUGUCCGGCGCCAGCGCAGGCGAUUACAGCGACGCCAUCGAGACCCUCCUCACGGCCAUCGCCGUCAUCAAGCAGUCCCGCGUCGCCAACGACGAGCGCUGCCGCGUCCUCCUCUCGUCCCUCAAAGACUGCCUGCAUGGCAUCGAAGCCAAGUCCUACAGCACGAGCGCCAGCAGCAGCUCCUCCAGGAAAAGACACCGAUCUCGGGAGCGCUCUCCUAGCCGGUCCCGCGAGAGCAGCCGGCGGCACCGGGACCUGCUCCACAGCGAGGAUCGGCACGAGGACUAUUUCCAGGAGCGGAACCGGGAGCACGAGCGACAUCGGGACAGGGACAGAGAGAGGGACCGGCACCACUGAGACAGGAGUUUGGCAGUAAGUGGUUUUUAAUGGACUCGUAUCUCCUCACCUCGACCAGGACUACGUGACCGAGGCCUCUCCGCCCCCCCCGUCCCUUUCCCUGCCACCCCCAGCUCUCUCCGGGCACCCGAGGAAAGCCAUGCCGCGCCCCGGCGGGACUCCCACCGACACCUUGGGGCCUUGGGGCCUGAGCCCUUGCCCGCACUCAUCGCUACCGCCGCUUCCCGGGAAGAGGCAGGGAGCAGCCGGGGAACGCCUGCUCCGCUCCGUGGACACUCGGACCCAAAGAGAAAUGGUGCUUUUUUUUUUUUUUUUUUGGUUUGUUUUUUUUCCCCCAUGGAGGGAGGUUUGUGAGCCCUUUCCUCUCUGGGGAGGCUGGAGGGGAUGGACCCCUCCCCACACGGGGGCUUGGAAGUGCACGGCUCCCCGUGCCUGGGUCACCGGAAGCGAGACGGGGUUCUUCUGCCACGUACCAUCCUCUCGCCUCGUUUGGGGACACUCCUGUCCCCGUUGUCCCGGCAGUCCCUGUCCCCGCCCCAAUCCCCUCGCAGACCCGUUUUCCCCCCCUCACCCAGGAGCAGCGUGCUGGGGAGAAAGUAUGGGGGGGGCUGCUGGAGCUGGGCCCGGGGGUCACUCCCUCCCUCUGCCCCGCCGUUCCCCGCAGUGGCAUUGCCACCUCCGCUCUCGUCUCCCAAAACGGCGGCUCCGAGUGCCAGCCGGGCCCUGUGCGGAGCUGGCCUCUCCCGCAGCACCUUCCUUGUUUUAGAGGAAGCGGAGGAGGCAGAGCGUGGCAGGGCAGGCUGCGACACCCCCCCUUCCCCGUCCUGCUGCCCUCAGGGUGACCGCCCGUCCCCCGUGGGUGCUGGGGACUCUCCCUUUCCCCGCCGUGUCCCUUUCCAAACCGGCAGUACGGCGGUUUGCCGGGCGGUAGCGAGAUGGGGGUGGCCCCAGAGAGGCCCCCCAGCAAUCCCCUGUGCUUCUCCAGGCUGCGAGGUCCCGCACGGAUCCCUCCGGCAGGAGAGGGAGAGCCCGGGAGGGUCGGGGGGAGCUGAGGAGACAACAGGGUGACUUCCAGGGCGGGUGCCAGCCCCUGGGGCUGCCAGCCGGGCAGCAUUGCCCUCUGAACUGUUGCUGGACAGGAGAAACCCAGCUCCCGGAAGUCUUUUUAGGUUGAAAUGACAAAUAGAAAAAAAAAAAACUUAAAAAAAAAAAAAAGGAAAAAAAAAACCAUCUUGUUAAAGUACCAUGAGGUGCCAGCUUAGCGGGUGAGCGCCGGUGGGGGGGAAGCGCUCGGUGGGGGAGUUCUGUUUUUUUACUUAACGACACAAAUUUUUAGUUUCUUUCCAAAAUAGUGGGGAAAAGUGCAGAGCAAACCCCUAUUAACCACCCAGCGAGGCGCUGCCCCUCCUGCUCGCAGUGACUAGAUUUGUUUGUCUUUCUGAUAGGUUGGAAAUUGUGUAAUAAACUUGAUGACGUUGUCAAUCUUUUACACGGCGCUUUAG